AUGAAUCCUCCAACUUCAGCAAUUACCAUUGCUGAUGUUUGGUGCACGGGCUCUGAUGCCAGUCCCCAUGGUUUUGCCACAGUGUCCCUGAUUCUUUUUCAAGGGCCCCUUGAAGAUGCCACUGAGGAUGAAGAAGAAGAGUGCCUGUCUGAGGAAAAUGAUACUAUCUCAAAAGAAGACUUUCCAUUGGAGGAAAGCUUUUCUGCAGAGUUUGAGCCUGAAAAUCUGAGCUGUGAAGAAGUGGAAUACUUUUGUAAUAAAGGCAAUGAAGAAGGCAUCCAGGAGGCAGCAGAACCUGAUGGUGAUGCAAGGUCAGAGAAACCAGGGCAGCUUGCUGUAGAGACUGAAGAUUGGGAUGGGCCAGGAGAGUUGGAGGUGGUCCAGAAGGACGGGGAGCGCAAGAUUCAGAGCCGGCAGCAGCUUCCGGUUGGAACAACAUGGGGGCCUUUCACUGGGAAGAUGGAUCUGAAUAAUAACACCUUGAAGACAAAGGCUUCAGUCCCUAUGGUACUGACUGCUGGCCCCAAGUGGCUGCUGGAUGUGACUUGGCAAGGAGUAGAAGACAACAAAAACAACUGCAUUGUCUACAGCAAAGGAGGGCAGCUUUGGUGUACCACGACCAAGGCGAUCUCAGAGGGUGAAGAGCUGGUUGCCUUUGUUGUGGAUUUUGACUCAAGGCUGCAAGCUGCCAGUCAGAUGACUCUGACAGAAGGCAUGUACCCCGCCCGCCUGCUGGACUCCAUACAGCUGCUCCCGCAGCAAGCCGCAAUGGCAUCUAUUCUGCCUACAGCUAUUGUGAACAAGGACAUAUUCCCUUGCAAAUCCUGUGGCAUUUGGUACCGAAGUGAGCGGAACCUGCAGGCCCAUCUCAUGUAUUACUGCAGUGGGAGGCAAAGAGAGGGGCCACAGCUGUCAGAGGAGAGUGAGGACAAUGCUCAGCAGAUAUCCAGUGUCUGCCCCUUUCCACAGUGCACCAAAAGCUUUUCAAAUGCAAGAGCUCUGGAAAUGCACCUAAAUUCUCACAGUGGAGUGAAAAUGGAAGAAUUUCUCCCACCCGGUGCUAGUCUGAAAUGCACAGUUUGUACUUACACUGCAGACUCAGUGAUUAACUUUCAUCAGCACCUGUUCUCGCAUCUUACUCAAGCUGCCUUUAGAUGCAAUCACUGCCAUUUUGGCUUCCAAACUCAGAGGGAGCUACUGCAGCACCAAGAGUUACAUGUCUCUGGCAACAAAAUUCAGAGAGAAAGUGACAUUGAACACUCUCCAAGUGGAAAUGAAGAAGGUUUACAGCCAGCAACAGACCUGUUGAGCAGAAAUGAUGUUCCCCAGAGCCAAAAGACCAUGCAGACUAAAGAUGCAAGUUCUGAUACAGAGCUUGAUAAAUGUGAAAAAAAGGCUCCACUUUUCCUUCCAAACCAGAGGCCAGAAACGCAGCCUGCCGCAAAUAAGCAGAGUUUUUCAUAUACCAAAAUAAAAUCUGAACCAUCCAGUCCAAGACUUGCUUCAUCUCCAGUUCAGCCUAGUAUUGGUCCUUCUUUCCCAAUGGGACCUUUUCUUUCCCAGUUUGCUUUUCCCCAAGACAUCACUGUGGUUCCUCAGGCUUCAGAGAUAUUGGCCAAAAUGUCGGAACUGGUCCAUCGAAGGCUGAGGCAUGGAAGUAGCAAUUAUCCACCUGUGAUUUACAGUCCUUUGAUGCCUAAAGGGGCUACGUGUUUUGAAUGCAACAUAACAUUCAAUAAUUUGGACAACUAUUUGGUACACAAAAAGCAUUACUGCAGCAGCCGAUGGCAGCAGAUGGCAAAGUCGCCAGAUUUUUCCAGUGUUCCAGAAAAAAUGCCUGAAGCUGUAAGUCCCAGUAAUGGUCAAAGCUCUAUAAACAUCCUGAAUCCAGCUCCUCACACAUCAGAUCCAGAAAAUCAACUUCUGCAGACAUCUUGCUUAAACUCUUCCAGUGUUUUAGAUUUGAUUGGGCCAAACAAUAAAAGUCAUGAAAAAGACUUUGCUGCACAGCCCAAGAAGUUGUCAACUGCAAGCAAUGGUGAUGAGAAGAUAAAUGGAAAACCUUCUGAUGUGAAGAAUCCCAGUGCUCCCUUAGUAGAGGGGGAGAGUGACCCUAACAAGACCACAUGUGAAGCUUGUAAUAUUACUUUCAGCAGACAUGAGACCUACAUGGUCCACAAGCAGUAUUACUGUGCCACUCGCCACGAUCCCCCGCUGAAGAGGUCUGCUUCCAACAAAGUGCCUGCCAUGCAGAGAACAAUGCGUACUCGGAAGCGAAGGAAGAUGUAUGAGAUGUGUUUACCAGAGCAAGAGCAGAGGCCACCACUAGUUCAACAGCGAUUUCUAGAAGUUGCGAAUCUUGGUAAUCCUUGUACAUCUACUCAAGAGUCAACAGAGGGCCUUGGAGAAUGUUACCACCCACGAUGUGAUAUUUUUCCAGGAAUAGUCUCGAAGCAUCUGGAAACAUCACUGUCUAUUAAUAAGUGUGUUCCAGUUUCAAAGUGUGAUACUGCCCACUCCACCGUGUCUUGCUUGGAGAUGGAUGUGCCAAUAGAUCUCAGCAAAAAAUGCUUACCCCCGUCAGAGAGGACGUCCACUUCUCCCAAAAGGCUGCUGGACUACCAUGAGUGCACCGUGUGCAAGAUCAGUUUUAACAAGGUAGAAAACUACCUGGCUCACAAGCAGAAUUUUUGUCCUGUCACUGCUCAUCAGCGUAGUGACCUGGGACAACUCGACAGUAAGGUGUUUCAAAACCCAGAAAGUGAAAGAAACAGCCCGGACGUCAGUUAUGAGAGAAGCAUAAUCAAAUGUGAGAAAAACGGAAACUCAAAACAGUCCUCUCCUAAUGGAAACUUAUUUUCCACACACUUAGCAACACUUCAAGGACUGAAAGUCUUUAGUGAAGCAGCCCAGCUUAUUGCUACAAAAGAAGAAAACAAACAUUUGUUUCUUCCACAAUGCCUUUACCCUGGAGCAAUAAAGAAAGCUAAAGGAGCAGAUCAGCUUUCUCCGUAUUAUGGAAUAAAGCCAAGUGAUUACAUUUCUGGUUCUCUCGUCAUUCAUAAUACUGAUUUAGAUCAAAGCACAAAUACAGAAAGUGAAUCUCCUAAAGGCCAGGCUCCUUCAAAUGGAUGUGCUGUGCAGAAGAAAGAAUCUCUUCCACUACUGCCAAAAAACCGAGGCAUGGUAAUAGUUAAUGGGGGACUAAAACAGGAGGAAAGACCUGCUGCUAACCCACAGCAAGAGAACAUUUCCCAAAAUCCUCCACAUGAAGAUGGGCACAAGUCUCCUUCUUGGAUCUCUGAGAAUCCCUUAGCUACAAAUGAAAACGUCUCUCCAGCAAUUCCUACAGCAGAGGAACAGUUGUCUAGUAUAGCUAAAGGUGUGAAUGGCUCUACCCAGGCUCCAACCAGUGGAAAGUAUUGCCGACUGUGUGACAUCCAGUUCAACAAUCUCUCAAACUUUAUAACUCAUAAGAAGUUUUAUUGCUCUUCACAUGCAGCAGAACAUGUCAAAUGA